AUGUCUUCAACGUCGAAUAAAAACAACGUAAAAGGUUAUGUAGCUUCUGACUGGGUGAGUGUGUGUUCAGCUUUCGAACAAAAUUUAGCUGAUGGACUUGACAUUGGUGCGAGUCUAUGUGUUUAUCAUCGAGGAAAAUGUGUAGUGGAUGUAACGGGUGGAUGGAAGGAUGCAGAGACAAAAAAGAAGCCAUACACAUCAGACACACUACAGCUUGUUUUUUCUGCAUCCAAAGGAGUAAUGGCUGCCGCUGUGGCGUUGUGUGUCGAGAAGGGUUGGCUUGAUUACGAUGCACCUGUAGCUCAAUACUGGCCCGAAUUUGCCACCAACAACAAGCAGAACAUCUUGUUGAGAGAUGUAUUAUCUCAUCGAGCUGGCUUGCCAUUCGUCGAUCAACAGCUUACUGCUAAUGAUACGUUUGAUUGGUCUCGAAUGACCUCUUUAUUAGCAGCUCAAAAGCCUUAUUGGGAACCUGGAACAGCGCAUGGAUACCACGCUCACACCAUUGGAUUUAUUGUUGGUGAACUGAUACGUCGUGUCGAUCCGCAACAUCGUUCAUAUGGUCAAUUCAUUCGUGAUGAGUUGGACAAUGAAUUCUACGUGGGUGUACCUAAUGAUGAAGUUGAAGCACGUGUUGCUCCUCUCAUUCAAAAGCAGGUGAAAUAG